AGCCUACCCCCGAGUUCUUUCUUAGGUACCAUGAAAUCCUUUGCACCAUGGCGUAAUAAAAAGAGCAUCAAAUGGAUGCACAGGCCUCGGUACGAGAUCGAGGUCCACGAGAAUACAAGUCUCGGAGGUAUCGACCUUGCGAUUCAUGCCGCGGAAGGAAGAUCGCCUGCCGCAUCGACUCAUCACCACCAUGCGCCUUUUGCCGAAGUCGUGGUACCGAUUGCACCUUUCUCGAGAAGCCCGUCACGAAGAGGAGAAGAACUCUGUCGCUUUUGGGAGCGUGCAACAAUGAUGUCUCUGGGACCGAUCACGCAGCCUUCGUUCAAAGCUGGGACGAUCUGACCAGUCAAGCGUUCGACAGCACCAUCUUCGAACGUCUGGAUCUUUUUGAGAACGAAACCUCAAACUUCUUCGAUUACAAUGCCAUCGCAGAUCUGCCGCAGGACGGACAAGCCCAAAGCAACAGCACCGGAGAUGAGUCCAUGUCACAACUUGCCCAAAGCAACUCGCCCGAGAAUCUGCAUGUUUACAUUGACAGAAGCCUCCAUCGAUCUUAUAUGCCACCAGACACCAGUCAUCUCAGUCGCCUCGUAGUUGGCAGACUCUUCGAUUCACAAGAGCGAAUGCACUUACCGCGACUCACAUUGCUGUCUACACAGGCAUGCGGUCACGACAGUGAGUCGCGCAAUCUUGAUGGACGCGUACUCGCACAGACUGAACAAGAGAGUCAGCCAUUGGUCUCCAGAACUGAUACUUCAAAAGUCUCAUGGUCGGAUGUGGAAAAUCUCCUGUCUGAGAAGCAACGGGUGAACCUGGUGCAGCUGUUUUUCCGUUUUAUUGAGCCGGUAUUUCCAGUUCUCGCCCAAAGCCAGCACAAUGACGAGUCGGUAAGCAGGGACCUUGGACAAGGGAGGGGAUCACUCGCUCUCGCUGCAUCCCUUUAUGCGACGGCUCUUCCCUUUUCGAUGCACGAUGACCAUCUCAAUGCUACAUUGACCGACGUCUCCGCGAAAAGAGAACGCCUCUACUCCAUUGCCCUCGCAACUGUCCUGGACGAGGCCCAUGCUCCGUCCAUGGAAACCUUACAAGCAUGUCUCUUGAUAUUGCAAAAGGGUCCAACCACUCGUCCCGAAGGAUUAACGCCAACCUAUUCCUGGCUUACCUCUCUAGCAGCGACAACUGCUAAAUCACUAGGCCUCCAGUAUGAUUGUAGCAAUUGGAACAUAUCUCUCAUUGAGAAGCAAAGUCGCACCAGAAUCUGGUGGGCAACAUUUAUCAUGGAUGCAUGGGUGAGUUUGGAAUCGCCUGGUGGUCGGUCGAUCAAUUCCGAUGACUACGACGUCCUCCAACUUCGAGCUGGAACAAAUUCCCUGCACGAUGUCAAUGCCAUACCAGACAAUGCCCACAAUUUCUACCACAUUGCCACCAUUAGCUGUCUGCUAUCUCAGGUCUAUGAGACGUACUAUACGGUACGUGCCGUCAAAGCCACAGCUGCGGAUCUUUUCAAAGCACUUGAACUUGCCCGACCGUUGCGCUCGGCGCUUAAUGAGUGUCGGCAGAGUCUGACAACUGACCUACCAUUCAACGUUGAGGGAGAGUCUGGUAUCAACGCAUCUGUUCACCUUGCGGGCUCGGUUGUCUCGAUCGUUCUUUUUCGAGCGCUCCUUCGUCCUCUCCAGAACCGGGCCACAACGAUAUCCCACACAGAUAACAGCCAUAAAUCGGCAGCCGCGGCCGUAAUGACAGGCUCAUUGAAUUCUGCCAAAGAAGCCGUACAGUUGCUGGAAAGUAUGGUAUCUGCAGUUGGACCGUGGAAUGCAUUCUGGCAUUCGUGGUCUCAGGGAAAUUUCGCUAUUGUUAGCACCUUUCUGGUUCAGCUCACACUUCUCUGCAAGCUUGAGGACUCGCCUACUAGUAUGAAAGCCGAAGUCUCAGGGCUUAUCUCCCGCUGGAAACGUGCAAUACGAACAGGAGCUGGCAGUGGAGGUUGGGGGAGCUCAUUGAUGAGUUUGGCCUUGACGAGAUUGGACUCACUGUUGAACCAAAUUCAGCCAUGACGUCGGAUUUAUGCCACCCCUGGGAGACGUGUGUACGCGGCGACACUCGUAUGAAAACACUGAAAGCUCUGUUAUGGUCUACUACAUCAGUAUCCACGCUUGAUGCUGGAGUCAUUAU